AUGUUAGCCCCACGGCUGCCGCUCGGCCCGGCCGGGCUGCUGCUGCUUCUCUUCCCGCUGCCCGCGCAGCCCGAUCCUGAAGCCAGCUGCGAUCCCGACGGCUGCUACGCGCUCUACCCGCAGCCGCGCAGCUUCCUGGAGGCCUGGCGCGCCUGCCGGGAGCUGGGGGGCAACCUGGCCACGCUGAAGCGAGCCGAAGAAGCGGCCCAAGUCAGCCAGCUGCUAGCCGGCAGCCGCCGCCAGCCGGGACCGCCCCGUCUGUUCUGGAUCGGGCUCCAGCGCCAGCCCCGCCAGUGUUUCCCGCAGCGGCCCUUGCGCGGCUUCAGCUGGGUCACCGGCGAGCAGGAGACGGCUUACAGCAACUGGGCCGGGGCCAGCGCAGCCGUCGGGGCCCCGGGAGCCGCCGGCUGCGCCGCUCCGCGCUGCGUGGCCUUGGACGACCGCGAUUUCCAGUGGCUGGAAGGCUCCUGCGCGGGGCCCGUGGACGGCUACCUCUGCCGCUUCGUCUUCCGUGGGAUGUGCGCCGGGCUGGAAGAGGAAGGCGGCGACGACGGCGGUGGCAUCAGCAUCAGCUACGCGGCUCCCUUCGGCCGGCUGGCCGCUCCAGCCGCCGUCGGGGCUCCCCCGCGCUUCGUGCCCUUCGGGACCGUGGCCUCCGUGGGCUGCCCCGGCGGCGCCUCGCUGUCCUUGCUGUGUAUGCAGAAGGAGGACGGGCGCGUGGGUUGGUCCAAGAGCCCGCCGCUGUGCCGGGCAGGGCCGUCGGGGGGCAGCGGGGUGGCAUCCUCGGCUUCGGCCGCCAGCUGGUGCGAGGGCGACAACGGCGGGUGCCAGCAGCUGUGCCUGGACGAGGGCUCGGGCUACGCCUGCGAGUGCCACGCCGGCUACCUGCUGCUCCCCGACGGGCACUCCUGCGCCGCCAACGACCCCUGCCGACGGCGGCCCUGCCAGUUCGACUGCGUGGCGGAGGAGGAUGGCACGGACGGCUACAGCUGCCGGUGCCCAGCUGGGUACGAGCUGGCUUCCGACGGGCACCAGUGCGAGGACUUGGACGAGUGCCUGGAUGCCCCCUGCGAACACCAGUGCGAGAACACGGAGGGCUCCUUCCUCUGCCGGUGCCACCUGGGCUUCAGCCCCUCCGAGGAGGAACCCGGGCAGUGCGUGGACACCGACGAGUGCCAGAUCCCCGGCGUGUGCCAGCAGAUGUGCGUGAACUACGUGGGCGGCUUUGAGUGUUACUGCACCGAGGGAUUUGACCUGGAAGCCGACGGCAUCAGCUGCAGCCCCGUGGAUGCCCUGGACGGGCCCGAUGCCACCCCGCCCGAGGCCUGGCACGACCCUUUCCACAUCCGCUUCACCACCAGGGAAGCCGACGACCUCAGCGAGCCCCCCGUCCGUUUCUCGCUCUUCCGCGACGGGGAGGCCGGCUCGUCGUCGGAUUCCGCCGCGUCUUUCUUGUCGGUGCCCGACAGGCUGGUUUUCCCUCCUCCGGUGCCAGCGACGGCCGCCCCCGAGUUUGACAGCGCCUGGGACUCGCGCGUUUCUCCCUUGGAGCAGAGUUUCUCCUCGCCGGGGCACCCCGAGGUCCUCCAUUCCACCCCCGAGGCUUCCGAUCCUCCUCCUGCGACGUCCGACGUGGGGUCCCUGCCUCUGGGCGUCACGGGGACCCUCCUGCCCACCUCGGAGGUGCCGGCGGAGCCCCUCACCACCCCUCCCUCGGAUGAGAAGGCGGAGGACCCCGUCGUUGGGGGAGUCCGGGCGCCUCUCCUGCCCACCUCUGCCGCCCCCAGCCCGGCCUCUGGGGAGGGACGGCCGAGGAAGGAUGACCGCUGGCUUUUGGUGGCUUUACUGGUGCCCAUUUCCGUCUUCCUGGUGAUCAUGCUGGCGCUGGGCAUCGUCUAUUGUACCCGAUGCGGUGCUCAGGUCAAAAGCAGGAGCGUCACCCAGUGUUACCGGUGGGUGAUCAACACGUCCGAGAAAACCGCCCCCACCUCCUCCUCUUCCUCCUCCCGGCCUUGCCAACCGGCCACCUGCCGGACCAGUGUGUGAACUACGCGCCCCAGCACCGGGGAAGGAGGGGUGGUGGUGAAUGGCCCUGCUCCGGUGCCAGAGGUGGGCACAAGGACCAAAAAAAUAGAGGGCCCCUCUGCUCACCCGCGGGGCAAAUGCCACCCCUCCCUUUUGCCACCUCUGGGAUAUGCCAGCCUGCCAGGAUGCAGAGACCCAGCUGGAGGGGCGCCCAAGGCUGGCUUUCCACCCCUUCCACCCCUCCCAGGCUGGGGGUGAGAGCCCCCAAACCGACUCGGAACUUGGUU